AUGAUCAGUGGUUCUGGAUCAACACUUUUUGAAGAUCUUGGACUCUAUUAUAUUGGCCCUGUUGAUGGUCAUAACAUUAAUGAUUUAGUUGCCAUUCUCAGAGAAGUCAAAAGUACUAAUAGUACUGGUCCUGUAUUGAUCCAUGUUGUCACCGAAAAAGGCCGUGGAUAUCCAUACGCAGAGAAAGCGGAUGACAAGUACCAUGGAGUUGCCAAGUUUGAUCCGCCAACUGGAAAGCAAUUCAAAGCCAAGGCUGCUACGCAAUCUUUACACAACAUAUUUUGCGGGGGCUUUGAUUGCAGAAGCUAA